AAGUGGACCGGCUUGUAGUUGGCUUUAAUAUUUUCUUUUUGGUAUAAAUAGGCGGCUGUUGUAGAAUUUUCAGCUCAUUUCAAGUUUUUCUUUUGUGCCGUGUGGUUUUGUCUUUAAGCGACAAUAUGUUCCGUUUGCUCUUGAUUGCCGCCUGCUUGGCUGUUAGCGUCAAUGCCUACUCUGAGGGCGCCCCAAAGGCUGCCUGUCGGGACCUGACGCCCCAGCACGGUGCUGAGUUGCAGACCAAAAAGCCCCCAUAUAGCUUUUCCGGCUCCUCACAUGUGCGUGGCGAUCAGAAGUUAACAUUAACUCUGGGCGGCGAUGAGUUCUUGGGCUUCAUGAUUCAGGCUCGCGAUGGUCAGAAUCGUGUUGUGGGUCAAUUUAAGGUGGUGGACACGGCUCACUCGCAGACAUUGGACUGCUCCGGACCACAGGACACGCUCACCCAUCUGAAGGCCACCAAGGGCAGUCCGCUGAGCGGAGUCACCUUCGACUGGAUUCCACCAGCAGGUUACAAGGGUAACGUCAAGUUCAUGGCCACUGUGGUGCAGACUGGCUUCGUUUAUUGGGUGGGCCGUGUCACCAAGGACAUUGAUGUGGAGUAAAUCAAUUGUUAUCCAUAUUUGUCAAAUUGCUUUUAUCACUUUUGAUUUUCUAAAUGUGUGUGUGCUUUCGUUUUAUAUGUUUAUUUCGUCCUUUUGAAGGCUAAUGGAAUUUUUGUGAUACAUAUCUCAUGAUUUA